GGGCCUGCCAUGGGUUGCAUCGCGCCUGCCGUGCUAUGACUGAUCUUGAAACAUCGGUCCUGAACACUCUGUGCAGAUGCAAACAAGGUGAUUUGAAGAAAGGCCAAGGGGAUGAUGCUUUCCGACCUAUUCCCGGCGACACGGAGGAUCAAGUGGAGUUCUUCUUGUGUGGAGAGCCUCCUGAGGAGCCUCUGCCACCAGAGGAGGUUCCUCAGCUUCCCAGCCGUCCACGGGAAGGACUCAUCACAUACUCAGCCGAGAUGGACCUGCCGCUCAAUGAACCGGCAAUGAGGUCUGGGGAGGUAUGGCACCUGUGCCAAGAAGAUGGAAAGACCUUUGAAAAGGUGAUUCUAUCCAUUCACUCGAAUGGUUUUUCAAUUAGAUACCCUGAUGAUAGUCUGGCGGGUCUCAGUGUCGCAUGGUCGCCCUUCUCCUUGGUCCAAGCGUGUCGACUUCACACCAUCCAGGCAGACCAGUCACAGCCCUGGCUGCGGCUAUUUAAAGUGUCCGUGUUCCACCAUGGUUUGACGCAUUUCUUUGCCACCCAUGGUGUUGGAGCAGAUACGGAGAGAGCUCGAUGGGUCGCAGAUGUUUCACGUGCGCUGCGUCUCCUGACACAAUCACUUUUUCCAUCUUUUCAAUUGGCAGUCUUUCCACUGCCUGGUGCAAGCUGGACUGCGACACGGCUUUUGGCAGGCUACAUGCUGCUCUACGAUGAUCAGGGAGUGUCUUUGGUGUAUGGCGAGCUGCAUGCACACUGCGACAACACUGCAGGUUUUGCAGCCUAUGAGGAUGAUGCCUGCAAGGUACAGGUGGUCCACCUCGCAAUCGACACCAACACCUGCGUCAGCGAGCGCGUGGGAAUUGACUGCAGUUGCUUCAGCUUGGGAGACCACCACUUCUCAACGCGAACUUGUGCGGAGAAGAUGCUAUGGCUCCGAGCCAUUAGCAACGUGAAGGUGAAGUUGCGACACCUAGCAGCUACACCGAGCCCCACGGAACUCCGCUUCUACCGCUCCGCGGUCAGAGAGCAGAUCAACAGCCUUCCUCCUACAGGGGAGCCAGAGCCCGUGCCAGCGUUGCUGCCCCGGCGACGAAGCAACUUAUCGCAGUUGCCACGUGCGGGACCAGGCCUUUCAGCCCUGCCUGUGAUGUCACUGCAAGCGAGUCCAAAGCCAGACUCAGGUGGCUUCAAUGGCGGGGGGCCCAACUGCCAAGCCUCGGAGCCCGUGGCUUUGUUGAAGGACAACGGUUCUGAUGGUGGAGUUCCACCUCCUGCGGAGUUCUCCCGAUCCACUCGGGUUGCACUCGGUGAAGUUGGUGGUCGACAAUUGGCCAAUGACCGGUCACAUAUUUGAAGCCUGCGAAAUCUGUGGGUGUCAGACUGGUGGCAGUGUCUCCUCAUCUGAAGGUUGCACUAAUUGUUGGCAAUGCUGCUGAAAGGGAGGUACUUGCUUCCUCCUUUUAGAAAAAGGAAAACAUCACGAGGAGUUGAGCCAAGCAGGCUCGCUUCCUUUUGAUGGGAAGGGAAAUCUGAAUGCUUCAAUAUCGUACUUCCAAAAGGAAGCCACUCAUUUGCAGGCUAUGG